UCUGUGUCAUCUGAUGCCACCCAAGCAAGCUGUCUCAUCUCUUGUCGACCAUCUAAUCUUAAGCAGGAAAUGGAGGUGAGAGAAACAAGUGCCUGAAGGUCAUUACUAGAACCAGCUUUAUGAAUGAAUGCAUGAGACAAUGUAGUAGAACCAGGCUUAACUUGGAGAGGGAUGUCAUUUUAAUGGGACCUUUGUUACCAGCUCACGGAGCUAUUCUACAGCUGCAGCUUCUUUCCUUCUCCUUCCAUUGGUUAAAAGACAGUGCUUUGGAGCGUUUUGUUCUGCACAAUGAGUUACUUUCUAUCUUACUGCAAAGGACAUUGUAGUGCUGUGCUCUCUCAUUACCAAACCCUUCGAGCUGAAGGUGCAUUGUGUGACAUUUUACUGAAGGUGAAGGAAAAUGAAUUCCCUGCUCACAAGUCUUUGUUGGCCUGUUCUAGUGAUUACUUCAGGGCCAUGUUCAAGAGCUACACCAAAGAAUCCAAGGCUUCUGUGGUUCACCUUCAGGUUGUCUCAGCGACAGGGUUACAGCACAUUCUGGAUUUCAUUUAUACCUCUUGGUUGUCCUUAUCUUUUGCUAGCUUGGAGGAUACCUUGGAAGCUGCCACUUACUUGCAAGUAACAGAAGCAGUUGGCUUGUGCAGCCAGUACCUAGCUAACAACCUGACGCUAGAGACCUGCUGUUUUUCUGCUAACAUUGCCACAAAAUUCUAUCUUCCAGAUGCUUUAGCGGCAGCAGAAAAAUAUCUAAUUAUCAAUCUUUGGAAAGUCAUGGAUCUGGAUUUUGCAGGACUGCUGGAACUGAACUCCCGAUCUUUGAAAGCAGUAGUAGAAUCUCCUGAUGUGCCCAUGGUGAAAGAGUCUAAUUUGCUGGAUCUAUUGCUGCAGUGGUUAAAGUAUGAUAAAUUGAGGUUAACACACACAACUAGCCUUUUGGAGCACAUAAGAUAUGGCCUUAUUCCAGUAGAAGAUCUGAGAAAAGUCUACACACAGUCAGAAGUGCCUUUAACAGCCCCCAUUAAAUGCUUGAUUAUAAAAGCAAUAAACUAUCAUUCACUUAUUUUCAGACAACCUAUCUUGCAAGAUAAGUACAGCACCCUAAGAAACCAGAAGACACGGAUUAUCCUGCUUGGAGGGAUGAUAGCAGGUGAAGGGCCCUUUGGUGAUGUGGUGGCUUUUGAUGUUUACAAUCACAAAUGGCAAAACUUAACAAAAGCACCUCGUAAGGUAAAAAAUCACUGCGUAUGUACUGUUGGAAAUUUUCUUUAUGUGUUAGGUGGAGAAAUAGAAAAUUCAGAAAGUGAUCCUAAAAGUCCCACCUGGACAGUUACAAAUGAAGUCUAUCGCUAUGAUCCAAGAUUUAACAAAUGGAUUCAGACCACUGGGAUGUUGGGAAAAAGGUGCCUAUUUUGUUGUUGUGUCCUUAAAAAUAUGAUCAUUGUAGCUGGUGGACAAGGUGAGAAUGGAACACUGCAUUCUUCUGUUGAAGUCUACAACAUCAACCGAGAUACGUGGACCAAAAUCCAAGAUUUGCCAGGCAAAAUGCAUGGGCAUGCUGGUACUGUUUGCAAGAAUGUAAUUUAUAUCUCGGGUGGCAAAUACAUGGGUCAAACUAACACAAGUAAGGAUUUGUAUGCUCUGAGUUCACUAGAAGGACAAUGGGGAAAGCAAGCCCCAAUGAGCAUUGCUCGGUUUGGGCAUCAGAUGGCCACAAUCCGAGGGUCCAUCUUUACUUUUUUGGGACUUUAUGAGCCAUUCUCUGAAAUUGAAAAAUAUGAUCCUGAUCGAAAUCAAUGGACUCGUUUGAGGCCCCUUGUUUUUGAUAGGUUUAGUUAUGGUUUAGCAGUAGUGGAGGAAACUGCUCUUCUCAUUGGGGGGAAGAAAUGGCAAGACUCCCAGGAAAUUCCAACUCAGGAUGUGGUGGGUUAUGAUAUAGACAAUGACUGUUGGGAAGAAAUCUGUAAAGCUUCCUUGCCAUGGUAUGGAUUGCAGUGUGCAGUACUACAACUUUCAGAAUUAAAAGAUGCUCAGGACAUUCAGCAGCAAAAAAGACUAUCUGUAGAGUUUGCAUCUCACUGAAGAGGUAAUUCAGCAGGACAUAAAAUCUGCAGGUUCUAAAGAAUAAACAGGCAAGUGUUGCUGCUUCUCUUAUUAAAGUGAUGCUGAAAUUUCAAGCUGGAAACAGCAUGCCAAAAAAGAGAGAAUUCUCAUUCCUCAAAUAUCUGCUUGUCCUCCCUCUUCCAAAUUUCCCUGGUGAAAGUCAUUCAGGUGCCAUCCAUCAAAAUAUCAAAGGAUGAUAGGAAUACUUUAUUUUAAAUUUAAGGCCAAACAGUUACAAAGAGCUUUAAUGAUUACAUAAUUGGCACUAUCAAAAAAGCUAUCAAGAGAGAAAGAGAACAUGCUGUAUUUUGUGCCCUAGUACAGCACAGUAGCAGGAAAGCAUCGGUUUCUAGAUCUUCCCACAAUUCUAUAAUACAAGCUGACUGUACAUAUACAGUAUUGUAUAUUGUGAACACUUAUUUUGAAGCGUGGGAGUGUUCUCUUUCAAUAACUUUCUCUUUUUACUCCCAAAAAGGCACUGUCAGCCUCUCCCUGCACUUUUUGUCAGAUUAAGGUGGUUAUACAUGUUGUAGUUUUAAACUGCAUGGAUUAACAAUGACAUGCAGAACACGUUUUUCGAAUUUCACUGUGCGUGUGUAAAUUGAACGUCUAAUUACAUUUCCUUUUAUAGCAUGCUUCUUUUAGUCCAAGAUCAUUUAUGCUAAACGUAUAGAGGAUAUAUAGGAGCACUACAUUUAAUAUACAAAGAAGGCAGCAUAAUGAACUUUUCAAACUAGGAACUUUGCAAGAUAAGAGAUUGGAUUUUAUUUGUGAGAGCUGUAAAACUGCUUUCACCAAGAUCAUGAGCAGGGAAAAUAGGUGUUGCAUAGCAACAGGUCACUGUUAUGCAAAUUGUCUGACAGCCCAAACCUGAGCAAUUGCUAGCAGGAACUCAUUCUGUGCCAGUAUGGCACAGCUAGUCAGGUAGAGGAGGUACAUUCAUUCCAAGGUCUCUGGGAAUGCAUGAUUCCCUGUGCAGCCUUCUGAUCCGUGCACACAUCCUGGAUCCACUACAUUAAGCUUUCCUGAUACUACAAGGGAAACAUUUCAGUUGAAAGAGAAAGACAAAGCUUGUGUAGAAAUACAGUAUUUGUUAUCUCUAGGAAAUUAGGCUUCUUUUUUGUAACUCUCAGUUUUAUCUGUUGCUAAUAUUUUUCCUCCCCUACAUCUUGGCUUGUGAGGUUGCUCAUCAUAUAUGAUUUUGAAAUCUACUGUAGUUUUAU